AGUCGCUUUAACGUAUUCCGACGGCCGGUGUCGCACAUUUUGCAGAAUCACCAUGGCGUUGAGAGAGACCGCGGGGCUGUACGAGACCCUGAAGGGAGAGUGGAACAAGAAGAACCCGAACCUGAGCAAGUGUGGAGACCUGCUCAUCAAGCUGAAGGUCUCAUUGCUGGAGCUGAACUUUUUACCGACCAGUGGGUCUGCGCUCACCAAGCAGCAGCUCAUUCUAGCUCGGGAUGUCCUUGAAAUCGGAGCCUUGUGGAGUAUCCUCAAGAAGGACAUCCCGUCCUUCGAGAGAUACAUGGCCCAGCUCAAAUGUUACUACUUUGAUUACAAGGAUGAACUGCCUGAAGCUGCCUACAUGCACCAGCUGCUUGGACUGAACCUGCUCUUCCUGCUCUCACAGAACCGUGUGUCUGAGUUUCACACAGAACUGGAGCGGCUGAGUGCUCGAGAUAUUCAGACCAACAUCUACAUCAGACACCCAGUGUCCUUAGAGCAGUACUUGAUGGAGGGAAACUACAACAAGGUCUUUCUUGCCAAAGGCAACAUUCCUGCCGAGAGCUACACGUUUUUUAUAGAUAUUCUGCUUGACACAAUUCGUGAUGAGAUCGCAGGUUGCAUAGAGAAAGCAUACGAGCAGAUCCAGUUCGCUGAAGCCACUCGAGUGCUUUUCUUCAGUACCCCCAAAAAGAUGACUGACUACGCCAAGAAGAGAGGAUGGAGUUUAAGCCCCGAUGGUUACUACUCCUUCGCCAGUCAGCAGCAGCGGACAGAAGAGGUGACCAUUCCCUCCACCGAGCUGGCACAACAGGUCAUCGAAUAUGCACGACAGCUGGAAAUGAUUGUGUAAUCCGCCCCCAGGAACACACUCAACCAUGUACAGACACACUCAGACACGCACGACGCUGAUCCAGUAUACAUCCAGUCGGCUCCGUUGCAGUUUCCCUGAGGGUUAUGACUUCAUUUUUUUUGGCUGGUGUGGUGGAUGUGUUGUCCAUCGUCCUCAAAAAACCGAUCAGCAUCUAUUUUUCCUGUAUUCUCAAAACCAUCUACAGGUCUUCCUGUUUGCUGUCAUUUUGAAACACGUGGGAACAAAACUAUGAGCAUCACAGGUGACAUUCUGUUCAGCAGUAGCUGUAUAUCUACUUUUAUUAAACAUAUAAGGGUUUAUAUGUUACAUUUACUUAUUUUAUUCAAGACGCCAUCUGUCCAAUAUUAAAACUGAGGAUUUCAUGGGUCAUUCCCAGCUGGUGACCAAAACACUCACCACCCUGACUUUGCCUUUCAGUGUCACACAAAACUAUCAACACAGCUUUUUCCACAAAUUCAAGCAAAACUCUUUUUGUAUACAAAGUUCAGUUUCUCGUUAGUGGAGCUCGCAGAAGUGAUUCGCCCUUUCCUUGUAUCCUAGCAACUGAAAGAAUUGCCAUUGAAGUUUGAGUGUUUUCUAAAUGGUGAUUCCUCCUCCUCCUCCCAAGAUGGUUUGUAAUCCAGUUGAUCUUACAAUGAAAGUCUUUGUCUGCAAUAAAUAAUUUAGAGAGUUAA